AUGAGGAUAUGGAAUGAUCCGAAUUGCGAACGCACGGCGAACGCCUCGGAAGGGAUCGACUGGGACCUCGCAAGGUACCAGUUGCUGCAAGUCCCCUUCCCUGAGAGCAUGGCUGUGAUUGGGCCAUUGGUGAAGCAAUUGGAAAAUCCACUGGAGUUGGACCGUGCAGCGUUGCACUGCGUUUUUGGGGUGAUUUCAGUGUUCUUUUUCUUCAUCAAGUACUUGAUAGAGACUGACCAACCUCACCUUGGACUUGCGCGAGCCUAUCUUUCUCAAUUGGACGCAUUUUCGAGUGGCAUCCAUCCACACUUGCUAGACAAGUCUGAUUGGCUUGUGAAGGACUCUCGCAUUAAUGCAUUGAGAAGGGCCGUGCUCACCCGCUUGCCUAAAGAUGAGGAUAACACCUGGAUGGAAUGCGGGCAAGCGACACACACAUGUUUAGCAUUUGCGAGCUUGAAGAUGACGCGACACCCAGACGAAGCCGACCUCUUUUUCGUCCCAGCCUACAGUAUUUGCAUGUUUGAAGGAGGCUUCUUCCCGCUUGAGAACCUGGAUAAUAAGUACAAGGAGAUGCUUCGACAAUUGCGAUACUUCAAUAGAAACCGGGGUCGAGACCAUAUUUUCACAUUUGGAUCUGGGUUAUCGGCGAGUGUAUUCCGUUCCUGGCGAACAGAGAUUCCUGAAAGCAUUCAGCUCUCUCCUGAGACCUGGCUCUUUAAUGAUGUAGUGGACAUGAAGGAGCCUUGCUUCAACACAUGGCGAGACAUUGCGGUGCCGGGCUAUUUGCAUCGACAUGAAAUUAUUUCCUUGCACCAGGCUGCCAAGCCUUUGGCAGAAAGAAGCUAUGUAGCUGUUUUUCUCGGCCGGAUCGACUCAUCCAGAGGUCCCCAUCCGAGCCAAGGAGGUCCUGACGUGAGGGCGGCCAUUCGAAGGCUUAAGGAGAAAGGAGAGAUUUUUGUAGCACAGAAUUUGAGUUUCCCAGAGAUGCAUGCAGUGAUGGGAUCGGCAAAGUUUUGUUUUGUGCCAAAGGGCAAGUCUGCCUGGUCGCUACGCUUUUUUGAAGCCCUUUUUGCCAAUUGUGUUCCGGUGAUUUUGUCGGAUUUUUGGGAACUCCCCUUCGAGUCCUUCAUGGAUCUGCCAUCCUUUGUCAUCAAGUGGCCCAUGGACCUGGUUGGCGACACGUUGAUGGAAUAUUUAAAAAGCCUCCCUGACAGCACUGUACAAGAGUACAUGGAUGCGAGCAAAGCAUGGCGAUGUUGGUAUGUGUACCCACCACUGCUGCACGAGCAGAGUAUGGCCAAGUCCGACGAGCUCAAAGAAGUGUGCCCAGGACUUGAUGAAGAAAAUGCCUUUCAGGCUAUUAUGCAGCUCCUGGCUUCCAAGAUGCGAAAGUCUUGGACAAUGACAAGGCACUUCGGGCCUGGCAACUUUCAUGAGAUGCUUGAGCGGCUGGAGUCAAGUGAGACAAGCGAAACAGAAGAAGUUACUUGA